GCACACAGUCUGGUGGCGCGUCUGGCCGCGCGCGCAGUCUGCAAACCGGGCGCGUGUAGGAGGGGCGAGUUGAGGCUACAGAUACCACAGGAAUGACAGGAGGAAGCCGCCUUGCCCCACAUCCGCAUUUACUCAUUCAACUCACUUCACUGGAAAACAAUAACGCCCAGGAUACACAAGCUUACCGUAUCCGAGGUGUCCAUGACUGUUUACAUGCAGUUUACACGCAAGAGCGAAUGAUGGCGUUUUAUGCUGAAUGAAUGUCGGAGUCUCUCUCUGCAUUGCUUAUAUAAAGAUGCUGGAAGACUUGAGUGGGACACACACCAGACCAGGCAACCUUAAAACAGGCUCAUUUAGCUUCUCGGCCCUGGCGUCCCUACCGCACUGCCUUCACAUGGACUCCAGUACGCACCCUAUCAGGAGGACUCUGUACCGGUUGAGGUUAGUGAGCUCUCCAAACCUGAGUCAGCUGGGCAAGAAUGAGAAGGCGUCACUGGAGGAACGGGGAUCUGGGCCAAAUGCCACAUGGAACAGCAUUCACAAUGCAGUUAUUGGUGUUUUCCAAAAGAAGGGACUGGCUGACAAUGAGCUCUACACACUCAAUGAAGGUGUGAGGCAGCUGUUGAAAACUGAACUGGGCUCUUUUUUCACUGAGUAUCUGCAGAACCAGCUUCUGACCAAAGGCAUGGUCAUUCUGAGGGACAAAAUAAGAUUUUAUGAAGGUCAGAAAUUACUCGACUCCCUGGCUGAGACGUGGGACUUCUUCUUCUGUGAUGUUCUCUCCAUGCUACAAGCCAUCUUUCACCCGGUCCAGGGGAAGGAGCCAUCAGUACGGCAGCUGGCUCUGCUGCUCUUCAGGAACACUAUCACUCUAAACAUGAAGCUGGAUGAAGCUCUGUCCAGACCACGUGCACGUGUCCCUCCGUCCAUUGUCCAGAUGCUUCUGGUCCUUCAGGGUGUUCACGAGUCACAAGGUGUGACGGAGGACUACCUGAAGCUGGAGACACUCAUUCAGAAGGUGGUGUCACCCUACCUGGGAACACAUGGGCUCUGCGCACAUGACUGUGACGCCACCCACUGUUCAUGCAUUUUGGAAAAUCGUUUGCAGUGGUCCAAACCUGCUGAAAUCCCCUCCACCAACCCAGUGGUGCGCUCCAAGAGCUACAACAUCCCCAUGCUCACCCCCGUGGCCGAGUACGACACGGAGGUCGGCUCUGUGGGUAGCGUGGGUAUCCGUCGCCACUCAGCCUGUGAGGUGACGUCCUGUCUGGAGCAGCAGGGUUUCCCCCUCUCCGUCAGCGUGGAGACAAGCUCCACCCCCGGGAUCUCUCUGGACCACGAGCUCACCUUACCAACAGCGAAACGUGGAGCCACAGCACAGCCUGCUCUCAUCCUUCCUUCCAUCUUUAUCCAGAACUCUGCAGGGCAUUUACACGCUCAGACGUCCAUCUCGGAGACGGAUAAAGCCAUGUCUUCACCCACUAGCUGCUCCUCAAGCCCGGAAACCAUUGUGAUGCAGGGUGUAGACUCUGUGGAUUCCGAUCAAGAUGGGAUAUUCAUCGACUUUUCCCACUGCCGCUCGGACUCUUUCGGUACCAACAGGAAGACGAGCUGACUUGUGCAACAUGCCGAAUUCAACCGUAUGAUUUAUUUGAAUCACUACACACACGGCAUGUGCUGAUGCUGACCUUUUCACGUCACACAUGUUGCCUACGUGAUGAAUGGGAGGGCCGUAUGUGAGAACAGAAAGUCUUGCAUUUUCUUUUCCCCAAAAUAAGAAACCUGAGAAGACAGCUGUCCUUAUGCUGCUUUCCAAAUGGGACAGUCAUUUCGUCUUUAAUCUCAGGAGCACAAAUGCUGUCUAGAAAUGCUCACUCUCUAGGAAGCCUCCUUACAAAUAAAUCACAGAGCUAGUGAUGUGUGCGUGAAUAUCACACUGUACUGUAGGACCGUUUAUCUGCGUUCAGACUGUGCUUGGCCAGACCUCAAUUAAAUAAAGAACUGAAAUAAAUCAAACAGAACAAAAGCCGAUACUGUGUUGUAUGUUUUAUAGCAAACACUUUUAUAAGAUGUACUACACCUGUGGAUGUACUGUAUGUUUUCUGGAUUUUAUUUUAUUUUUUCUUAGCUUGUUUUGUAGGUAUGUGCUUAUAUUUUGGGAAUUUGCCUCAAUAAUUCUCUAUGAAAGUAGAAAUAACUUGCAAAACUGAAAUCUGUGAUCACUCAGCAUUAUGAUUUCUUUCAUGCUUGUGCCUUCGUCAUCCAGGUACGGUGCAAUUUUGGUGUUAAACACCGUAGUUCAAAUUUGCUGCAUCUUAUAGGUAAAAUACGAAUGAUGCAAAGCAUAUGAACAGAAAACAACUUCAAAUGUCUGUCCAUGAACAUGUGACUGUACAUAUUUAACAUAAUCUUUACAAAUAGUUGUGCAUUUUUACUCGUAAAGGGGUUUUCUCCCCCAUUUUAAUCAUGCAGAAAUGAUUAAAAAUCAUGCAGAAUGUAAGACAAUGUGAUGUGUUUUAGACAGAAAAAUUUAUUUGCAGCUCAAUUCAGUUAAAUUUUUUUUUUUUUAUCUGUAUCUCUGCACUUAUCCCGGCGUGAUGCAUUACAAUAUUGUGUGUGGGGUUGUUGUUGUUGUUUGUUUUUUUUUUGAUAUUAUUUGAUAUGCAAACUACUCUAGGACUUUUACUGAUUUUUCAACCAUACAUAUUGGACAUUUUAACCUGCGUAACAGCAUCAAAUAACAAGGAGGAUCUAGCGAUAUUCUAACAGACAUUCGGAAGAUGAUAGAGGGGAAUUCCUCAAUUUGUAAGUAAAAUAAAAAAAUGUGUAAGGCUUUUGUAAGGAAUGUGAACUGUUUGAAAUGUAAAUAGAUUAUGUAAUUGUUGCAUUUCUAUCAUAAAAUGAUGUAACAAAGUUUUUAGGGCAUAUUUAUAAAGCUGUCAUAUGAUAAUAUGUUUGCGUAGAAAUUUUUUUACAGUGUUUGUUUUUUUUUCCUUGAUCAUUUUUGACAAUCUGUGGAAAUUAGGUUUAUGACCAUGUAUGUCUUUGUUGCUUUGUUAUAAUAAUACUGAAUAACUAAUAAAGUUAUUGCUUUGGCGGUAAAAACUCUACCUUUUUAUGGAUCAGGAGCAGAGCCGCCAGCAGGGGGCGCGCGGUCCCGGGGCCGGAGUGCUGGGGGUGGAGCCACGGUUCACUUUUAGUACUGUUUUUUUUGUCAAACCAUGUUGGCUAAAAUUAUCUGUAAAGUUCGCUGUAUUUUUUAAUAUAAUAAACUUGUGAGACUUUC